UUCUUCUUGGUGGCGUAGAGGAAAUUGUGUUUGGGAGAACAGAAAAUCGGAAAAAAUGAGCGGAACGGUGAAGAAGGUCGCCGAUGUAGCGUUCAAGGCAGGGAGGACCAUUGAUUGGGAUGGAAUGGCCGCGCUCCUCGUCUCCGAUGAGGCUCGCAGAGAGUUUGCUACACUUCGUCGCGCUUUCGACGAGGUUAACCAUGCUCUCCAAACCAAAUUUAGCCAGGAGCCUGAACCCAUAAACUGGGAUCACUACAGAAAAAAUAUUGGCUCACGCCUGGUGGAUAUGUACAAGGAGCAUUACGAAAGCAUUGAGAUCCCCAAGUAUGUUGACAAUGUAACUCCUCAAUAUAAGCCCAAAUUCGAUGCACUAUUAGUGGAACUUAAGGAAGCAGAGGAGAAAUCUCUAAAGGAGUCUGAGCGACUGGAGAAGGAGAUUGUUGAAGUACAGGAGUUGAAGAAAAAGAUUGCUACUAUGACCGCCGAUGAGUACUUUGAAAAGCAUCCUGAGCUGAAGAAGAAGUUUGAUGAUGAGAUCAGGAAUGAUUACUGGGGUUAUUAAUUUCGGUAAAUUUUAAGAAAGCAGCAAAACAUCAGAAAUUGCUGUCUUCCUUGCUGGUUCAUUAAUAAUUCUAGUGACUUCAAUCAAUUUCUUUGUAAUGCAGUGCUCUUUCAAUCUUAAGGCUUCUUCAAAUGACCAAUUUCUGAGUUGUUGGAAUUUUUGUGGAGCUUUACUUAAGAGAAAAUGAUGUGUAUUAUGAUUUUCACAUGCACCAUUUCAAGGAAAAUGACGCGUUACCGAUUCCUUAAUAAAAUUUGUUGCCUGUAUGAAGAUUCUAA